AUGAGGAGCCUGGGCCCCUCAGGCGCAGGCCUUGUUUGGCUUGGAGAGGCUCACAGCCUGAGUCGUAAAGAAGAGAAUCAGAAACUCAGCCAGGGCUCUGCGUUCCCCAUGUGUCCCCUCAUCCCCCAGUGGUCAGAGCGCUCCUCUGGAUUGGGCCGGCAUGCCCCCGAGCUGCUGGGCGUGUGUGUUUCUGAGCGGCUCCUCCCUGGGUGCUCCGUCCAGUUCAAAGACGGCCACCCCACAACCGGUGCCACUGGGGGAAGCUCCGGAGGCUGCCGAGCUCAGCAGCCCGAGGGCUCGUGGUCCUCCUGGCUCCAGACCGGCCGUGAGGCGGGCGACGGAGCAGCGGCUGGAAGAAGGGCACAGGCCGGAGAACACCGACAGCUCCGCGGGACCCACGUCCGAGGCGCAGACGGGACACUGCCGAAGCGCACGCGGGAGGCCCGGGUGUGGGGCCGCGGCCCCCAGCUGGGCAAGGCCUUGGCAGACUUCUCGGAGGAGGAGCCGCUUCCCCUGUUGGAUGACAGAUUCUCCCUGGGCGAAGUCAAGCUCCCGCAGGCGGGGCCCUGCCUGAUGUGCGCGUGUUCUUCUGGGAUCGCCUUCUCAGAAGACCACCUUCUUCUGAGUGGAUCACCCCUGCCUUCGGGGAAGAGCAGUCAGUCAUCUGGCAAGAGCUCCAACCUGGAAAGACAUCAGAAGGGGAGAGGAGAGGGGAGCUGGGACGGGAAAGCGGCCAGCGCCUUCGCAGGGUGCACGCCGCAGGACGGAGCGGUGGCUGGCGCUCCCUCUCAGCCCGAGUCUGCGGAGUAUCCUCAUCUCCGCAACGGAGCAACACCUCCCCACCUGGCCUCCUGUCUCGGGGAGGUCACAGAGCGUGAGAGCAGGGCACCAGCAGGGAGGGACCAGAGGAGGAAGACAGCAUCGGAGCCGGUGGCCCCUCUGUGCACCCACCCUGGGGCGGCUCCUGUGGGCAGCUUCUCCAGGCUGGCUUUCGUCUCCACAAGGGCACGAGAAUUCCAUGGGACAGACGCGAAGUGGCUGGGGCUGGGGCUCAGUCACGCAGGAGCAGGGGCUGGGAAGGCCAAGCGCCAGGCCUCGGUGCGUGAGCCAGGAGCGCUGGAGCAGCCAGAGGACCCCAGCUCCACACCCACCAACUUCCUGACCCUUUGUCGUGCGUCCCGGGCUCUGGAAGGUGCAGGGCAGUCCCGGCACCUGACCGUGCUGUCCGGGGGCCACGGGCACCGGGAAGAGCAGGCGGAGGUCGGCUCAGAGCCAGGAGGGUGGACAGGGGGUGAGCGAGUCCUCCGGGGCCUGGGUCUGGGACUGGGGGGCCCAGGGUCAACAAUGCGCCACAGCUGUUGCACCCGCUGCGCUCGAGUCUGCACUUUGCGGCCACCGAGCCUGUGUGCCCUGGCGCCCACGCUCCACACGGAAGAAGCCACUGCAGUGGGCUUCUCUGCAGAGGUUGCAGAGCGCAACCUCACCUACCGCAGCCAGAGACCCAGUGCCGCCAGAAGGCAAUUAAAGCUUGGAGACUCCCAGGAGCUGCGUCCGCCCUUCCAGUGGGUGCCGUGGACCGAGGCGUCCACUUUUCUUGGUCCUCAAGGAGGCUCCAGAUGCCUCUGGCUGCCACCCGUGGACCCUCUUCCUAUGGAGGACCCGGCUCGGGGAGCACCCGCACGCGCUGCUGCAAACUGCGGCUUUUAUCUACGUCUUUGUCCUAAGGAGGAAAGGACUCCUGUGCGGCAGAAGGACCAGAACCCGUGGGGGCCAGCGAAGCUCCUCUCAGGAGGCUUGAGGACACGCAGCGAGGGGCCCGAGGAGGACCUGUGUGAUGAACACUGCCGGACCUGA